GCUCUGCACGCCUGGCGCCUGCGGGGAACCGACGCGCGCGUGGGGCGGCGGGGCUGCGUGUGUCCCGGCCGCGGCGUCCCACUGUCGGAGCCGCAGCGACUGGAGCGAGAAGAUGGCUGAGGCCUCGGAGAGGCUCUACCGAGUCGAGUAUGCCAAGAGCGGGCGCGCCUCUUGCAAGAAAUGCAGCGAGAGCAUCCCCAAGGACUCGCUCCGCAUGGCCAUCAUGGUGCAGUCUCCCAUGUUCGAUGGAAAGGUCCCACACUGGCACCACUUCUCCUGCUUCUGGAAGGUGGGUCACUCCAUCCGGCAGCCUGACGUUGAGGUGGAUGGCUUCUCUGAGCUGCGGUGGGAUGACCAGCAAAAGGUGAAGAGGACUGCGUUGGCCGGAGGCGUGGUUGGCAAAGGCCAGGAUGGAAUUGGUGGCAAGACCGAAAAGACACUGGGUGACUUUGCAGCAGAGUACGCCAAGUCCAACAGAAGCACAUGCAAGGGGUGUCUGGAGAAGAUAGAAAAGGGCCAGAUGCGCCUGUCCAAGAAGAUGCUGGACCCAGAGAAGCCACAGCUGGGCAUGAUCGACCGCUGGUACCAUCCAAACUGCUUUGUUAAGAACAGAGAAGAGCUGGGCUUCCGGCCUGAGUACACUGCCAGCCAGCUCAAGGGCUUCAGCCUCCUCACUGCGGAGGACAAAGAAGCCCUAAAGAAGCAGCUCCCUGGUGUCAAGAGUGAAGGAAAGAGGAAAGGUGAUGAAAUAGAUGGAACACAUGAAGUGGCCAAGAAGUCUAAAAAAGAAAAGGACAAGGACGGCAAGCUUGAGAAGGCCCUCAAGGCUCAGAACGACCUGAUCUGGAACAUCAAGGAUGAGCUGAAGAAAGCAUGCUCCACAAAUGACCUGAAAGAACUCCUCAUCUUCAACAAGCAGCAAGUACCAUCCGGGGAGUCGGCGAUCUUGGACCGAGUCGCUGAUGGCAUGGCAUUUGGGGCCCUCCUUCCCUGCGAGGAGUGCUCUGGCCAGCUGGUCUUCAAGAGUGACGCUUAUUACUGUACUGGGGAUGUCACUGCCUGGACCAAGUGCGUGGUCAAGACACAGACACCCAGCCGAAAGGAAUGGGUAACCCCAAAGGAAUUCCGAGAAAUCUCUUACCUCAAGAAACUGAAGGUCAAAAAACAGGACCGGAUUUUUCCCCCAGAGAGCAGCACCCCAGCACCUGUGGCACCCCCACCCUCUGCAGCCUUGGCCCCUGCUGCUGUGAACUCCUCAGCCCCAACAGAUAAGCCCCUGACCCACAUGAAGAUCCUGACGCUGGGGAAACUCUCCCGGAGCAAGGAGGAGGUGAAGGCCACGAUUGAGAGCCUUGGGGGCAAGGUGACAGGAACGGCUCGCAAGGCCUCCCUGUGCGUCAGCACUAAGAAGGAGGUGGAAAAGAUGAGUAAGAAGAUGGAGGAAGUAAAAGAAGCCAACGUUCGUGUUGUGUCCGAGGAUUUCCUCCAAGAUGUCUCAGCCUCCACCAAGAGCCUCCAAGACUUGUUCUCAACACAUAUCUUGUCUCCCUGGGGAGCGGAGGUGAAGGCAGAGCCUGUCGAAGCAGUGGCCCCCAAGGGGAAGUCGGGGACCGCACUCCCUAAAAAGAGCAAGGGCCCCACCAAGGAGGAAGGUCUGAACAAGUCUGAAAAGAGAAUGAAGUUGACUCUUAAAGGAGGAGCAGCUGUGGAUCCCGACUCUGGUCUGGAACACUCCGCACAUGUCCUGGAGAAAGGUGGAAAGGUCUUCAGCGCCACACUCGGCCUCGUGGACAUUGUGAAAGGCACCAACUCCUACUACAAGUUGCAGCUUCUGGAGGGUGACAAGGAGAGCAGGUUCUGGAUCUUCCGGUCCUGGGGUCGCGUAGGUACAGUGAUUGGCAGUAACAAACUAGAGCAGAUGCCAUCCAAGGAGGAUGCCAUCGAGCACUUCAUGAAAUUGUAUGAGGAGAAGACGGGCAAUGCCUGGCACUCCAAGAACUUCACAAAGUACCCCAAAAAGUUCUACCCCCUGGAGAUUGACUACGGCCAGGACGAAGAGGCAGUCAAGAAACUGACGGUGAACCCUGGCACCAAGUCCAAGCUCCCAAGGGCGGUGCAGGAGCUGGUGGGGAUGAUCUUUGACGUGGAGAGCAUGAAGAAAGCCCUGGUGGAGUAUGAGAUCGACCUUCAGAAGAUGCCCUUGGGAAAACUGAGCAAAAGGCAGAUCCAGGCCGCAUACUCCAUCCUCGGCGAGGUGCAGCAGGCAGUGUCCCAGGGCAGCAACAACUCCCAGAUCCUGGAUCUCUCAAACCGCUUCUACACCCUGAUCCCCCACGACUUUGGGAUGAAGAAGCCACCGCUCCUGAACAACACCGACAGCGUCCAGGCCAAGGUGGAGAUGCUGGACAACCUCCUGGACAUUGAGGUGGCCUAUAGUCUGCUCAGGGGUGGGUCAGACGACAGCAGCAAGGACCCCAUCGAUGUCAACUAUGAGAAGCUAAGGACAGACAUUAAGGUGGUUGACAAAGAUUCUGAAGAAGCUGAGAUCAUCAGGAAGUACGUGAAGAACACGCACGCAACCACUCACAACGCCUAUGACUUGGAAGUGCUGGAUAUCUUCAGGAUCGAGCGGGAAGGGGAGAGCCAGCGCUACAAGCCCUUCCGGCAGCUCCACAACCGCAGGCUGCUGUGGCACGGGUCCAGGACCACCAACUUCGCUGGGAUCCUUUCCCAGGGUCUGCGGAUAGCGCCGCCUGAAGCGCCUGUGACAGGCUACAUGUUUGGGAAAGGAAUCUACUUCGCCGACAUGGUCUCCAAGAGUGCCAACUACUGCCACACGUCACAAGGAGAUCCGAUCGGCCUGGUCCUACUGGGAGAGGUCGCCCUUGGAAACAUGUACGAACUGAAGCACGCUUCGCACAUCAGCAAACUGCCCAAGGGCAAGCACAGUGUCAAAGGUUUGGGCAAGACAACCCCUGACCCUUCGGCCAGCAUUACCCUGGACGGAGUGGAGGUUCCUCUGGGCACUGGGAUCUCGUCGGGCGUUAACGACACCUGCCUGCUCUAUAAUGAGUACAUCGUCUAUGACAUUGCUCAGGUGAACCUGAAGUAUCUGCUGAAACUGAAGUUCAAUUUCAAGACGUCUCUGUGGUGAAGGGUGAGGCCGCCUUGGCCAAAGCCUAGCCGCUGGUACAGAUUUGAGGCGCUCCUGCACCAACACGCCGGCCAGACCUUAACCAGGCUGUCUGUGAGUGUGGCAGCCGCUCCCCUUCCACAGAACAGGUUUAGUAGAAGCAGGUUAAAGGGUUUUCCCAAGUCCUUGUUUUUGUGUUGCAUUUGGGGUGGGAGGGCUGUCCGGGGUCCUCUCCUGCCAGGCUCAGCCCUGAUAGAUAGAGCUGACAGUAGAGGGAAAGUUGGGGGGGACUCUCGUCUUGUUUGCGUAGACUAGCCCUGUGGGAAAAACCAAGCCACGCUACACACCUGCCUUGCUGGUUUCCACAGGGAAGGAAAAAUGUGCCUCCUUCCCUUUUUUCUAAGUGUUCACCUUUAGUUUUGAUUUUGGCAAAAUGUUAAGCAUUUAUUUUGAGCUAAA